UCUCAGGUUAUAAGGGAUCUUGCAGUGAGUGGGUUUUAAGGAAAUUGAGAAAAAAGAGAAGGAGGGGAGUAUUUAGAAAAUUGUGGAAAGUUGGGUUAGGAGUUAGUUUAGAGCAUUUUUGAGCUGUUUUGAGUGGUUAGAAUUGGAUCUUGGUUAUAGAAGUUAGAUUUUAUAUAGGAUCCUGAAUCAAAAGAAAUGGCUAAAGAAAUUCGCAUAAGAGAUAGCAUAAUUAAUGAAAAUAAGAAAAAGAAACAAAAACUCAAGAGACUGCUUACAAUCCUAAAUGACAUCAGACAUAUGAAUGGGCAACAGAAGUAUGAUCAAUUUGAUGUUGAAAACUUUGCAAUCGAGGAAGAACUCUGUACACAAACUUUACAAGACAACACCAAAGAUCACAGCCAGACAGAAAUCAUUCCAAUUCAGGUCGAUGACCAAGAAGAUGCUGAAGGAGAGAGCUCAGAGAUGAGCCCUAAAAACCAAUUGGCUGCAAAAACGCAGUCAAAGAUGUUCUACAGCGACAUCUGGAACCGUCUCUACUCUGAAGGAUCAAUAAAACUAGCUCAGCCACAAGAUUCAAAAAUCUCAACGAAUACAUUCAAAACUUCAACAUGGAUCAGAGAGGGAAUUAAGCCCUCUGAGAACAUGUCUGGUGUCACAUCACUUGUAAAGCUGCAAAAUCGAUUUGAGGUGCUCCAGCAGCGCUGCUUUAACUCUGAAUGGAAUGACAUGACCAAAAGAGGAGGUAUCAAAGGGAAAAUAAACUUUGAACAAUACCAAAGAGAUUGUCUUAGAAAUAUGAAAUUAACCCAAGAACAACAAAUUAAGUACCUCAAGACUAAAGUAUCAAAACUUAUGAUGGAACAUGAGCAAGCCCAGAAAAUAGAUGAAGACGUCAAGCGAGCGGAGUUCAAAGGGGAAGCAUGUGAACUUAAGAGAAAUAACGAAGAAGAUAACCAAAAACCUGACCAAUUAUCAGUCUUUGGGUUUUCAAAAGAUAAAAAUCCUCCUAAACCUUGUCUUCCAGAAAAAUUCUACAAGAUUCAAAGAAAUAGAGACAAGAUGAUUCAAAAACAGAAGCUGAUAGCUCUCCAGAGGUUACAAAACCAAAAUAUAAAAAUCGAGGAACGAAUCAUAAAUCUAAUCCAGAGUACUCAAGUUAUCCCGAAGCCAUCCUUCUUUGAGGAUGAAGAGGUGACUAAGAAUAGUAACGAAAGAGAGCUUCAUGACCAAGCCCAGAAGGUUAUUAUUAUGCUAGAUCUCUUAAAAUAAAAUUCAAAAGUACACAGCAACACAUAACCCAGAUAUUGUUAAAAUAGUGAAGAAUAAAUACCUGGAGAUGCCUGAUACUUUUGAUAUAAAGAAGAAUUCUACGAGGCUAAAGCCUCUUCCGAACUCUGAGAUAUUUAAAGAUUACGGAAUCGCUCCAGUAAUAAAUGUAUCCCAGGAUUCAGACCUCAGGAACCUUUACAACAAGGUCAGAGGGAUCAGUCUCGAUCCUGACCAGUUCCUGGAGAUCGGUGAGCUGGUCAAAAUAGGCGAUAAAGAGAUCAGUCAUAAUAGCCUAAAGCUCAAAUAUGAGAACAUUAACACUAUAUGCCAAGAGAAGAGGAUUGAGUAUAAAACUUACCAACAAGAGUUAGCAUUACUCAAGAAAAACUCAGCUAAUCUAGUUGGAUUCCUUCGCUCAAAGGAUAAAGUUGUACCAAAAGCAGAGAAUGUCACGAGUGUAGCAAUGCUCAGUGAUCUCAGUGAGAGGAAAUAAAGACAUGUCUCAAAAUAUUGAAAUCUGUAGGACUAUAAUCAAGGAUACUAUCUGCUACAUCUAUCAAAUGAUAUCGAAGAUUAAUUAUAAACUGGAAAUUAUUGAGAGCAAAAGUCCUAAUUCAGUGCCCCCAAAGAUGCUCGACAUAGGUGGCUCUUAUAACAGAAGAGCAUCAAUUUCAAAGGAUAGUUCAACUAGAGAAGAUAUCACCUUCUCUAGUUCUAAGAAAGAGAGGAUAAACUCUAAAAUGGUAAAAACAGCUAGAAGAAAGAACUCCUUUCUUUAUAAAAAGAGUGGAGGAAGCCAAGUAUUUGUCUUCAGCCCAAAGACUGCUGAAAAGAAAUCCCGGGCUGCGUCUUCUCCAUUAAACCUAGUCCGUAAGGAAGAAGAAAAGAAGUUCAGUGAUAGUGACAAAGACCUUUUCACCAAGCUCAAGAAUUACAUAAAGUCCUUGAUGGCUUUAUUAGGCGAAAGAGCCGAACUAUUUCGUAAGAAAUCUGAUAAAGGCAUAAUCUCUUACAAAGAUAUGGAUACUUCUCCCAGAAAGAGCUACAAGCUGGAGGAAAUGAACGAGAAAUGGUAUGCAAAUAUGAACAGAAUCAAUGGAAGGCUUGGCGAAAUCAACCAAGAUCAGAAGAACUUCUACGAUACCACUAGGGGGGAAUACAGGAGCUAUAUGGAACUCAAACGAGAAAAAGUCUUUUCAGACAGUAUGGAUGAUGAUCGAAAGACAUAUGGAGCAAGUCAUAACCCAACUCAUGAUACUUCUCAUGAUUCUGAAGUAGAAUUUAUGCAAGAAAUGGCUGCUGCAAGGAGCUCAAGGAAUACUCGAAAUAUGCCAAAAUCCAAGACAGGAGUUGACCUAGCCUCAGAACGAACUUCAGAGAGACUUUUUAUCAGGAAUAACUCGAAAACAGUGACUAAGUUCCUUAAGAGCUCCAAAAUCAUUAAGGAUUUCAAUAGAAGGAUUUAUGACAAUAGGAUGUUUGAUGAGGUUUAUAACGCAAUUAACAAUCCUCAGACAUUAGAAUUUAAGAAAGAUUAUAUUCAUAAAUUACUCAGUGCUCAAAAUUCAAAGUUGCAAGGUUUUCUUGAUAGCCAAGAGCCUGUUGGGAAAAAAUAUAAGCAAAAGAGAUCUAUGUUAUACAAAACUAGUGCUCGCUCCACUAAAUCUGUUCAGAGCGGUGUAUCAAACUCUUCUCGGAUUCUUCAUCGCAAAUAUCUUCAAUCAGCCAGAGCCGAAAGAUCCAGGAUGAAUAUGCUAAAGGUAAACGCACCUCUGGUCUUCCAAAAACAACUGAAGAAGAAGAGAGAAGUAAGUGCUAGAAUCACCACCAAAUUCCCAAAAAGGAACAAAAGUGCUAGAAUAAGGCCAUCGAUAGUGAAUAAGAAAUAAUU